UGUUAUAACGUAUCAUGUCAUAAUGUACAUUUGCCCCCUGAAUGUUCAUAUUUUCCUAAUUUAUUUUUAUUAUUGUGGGAUUAUUAGACAGCAAAUUGCGCCUUCCCGCCAGAAGAACAAUGAUGGUAGCAAUAUAGUUGGUAGUCAUGACAUUAACGCAUGUUGCUUUGCACCGUCUACAUUCAUCGAUCGUUCCUUUUCAGGAAGUUUCGUAGAUUUUUUUAAUGAUACCCGAAAUUUGGUGCAAGUAAUAAAUUAUUUUAAUAUUUCUAUAAAUUACAUUCUCCUUCAUUUUUCAAUUGUAUGAAAAUAAACAUGACAACUGCAUUAUAUCUGGAGCAUUAUUUAGACAGUUUGGAGCAUUUACCUAUUGAACUACAAAGAAACUUCACUUUGAUGAGAGAUCUCGAUGCUAGAGCACAAGGAUUAAUGAAAGACAUAGAUAAAUUAGCGGAUGAUUAUUUGAAAAAUAUGAAAAAAGAAUCUCCGGAAAAGAAGAAAGAACAGUUGACCCAUAUUCAAAAUUUGUUCAAUAAAGCAAAAGAAUAUGGCGAUGACAAAGUUCAGUUAGCGAUACAAACAUAUGAAUUAGUAGACAAACAUAUUAGGAGACUAGAUUCAGAUUUGGCUAGAUUUGAAGCUGAAAUACAAGAUAAAGCAUUAAAUAGUAGUAGGGCACAAGAAGAGAAUAAUGCUAGUAAAAAGGGUAGGAAAAAAUUGAAAGAGAAGGAGAAACGAAAGAAAGGAGCUGUAGGCACAAAUAGUGAAGAUGAGUCAAAAUCAGCUAGGAAAAAACAAAAAAAAGGAGGAUCUGUUGCUUCUGCUUCGUCAGCUGGGGCUGUUGGAAGUGGUGCUCAAGUAGAUUCUACUGCACUUGGCCAUCCAGCAGAUGUUUUAGACAUGCCAGUAGAUCCUAAUGAACCAACUUAUUGUCUGUGUCAUCAAGUUUCUUAUGGAGAAAUGAUUGGUUGUGAUAAUCCAGACUGUCCUAUAGAAUGGUUCCACUUUGCAUGCGUUGGAUUAACUACAAAACCUAAAGGAAAAUGGUAUUGCCCAAAAUGUACACAAGAUAGAAAGAAGAAGUAAGUUCUAGAAAAUGCAUAAAUAUGUUCAUCUAUUUUAAAAUGAAAUGAAAGAUUUAUGCAUCAUUUCUAAAAUUAGGAUAUGACAUCAUUUCAUGGUUUAACGUGAAACGAUGUUUUAUUGUAUAAAAGUAAGUAAAUAGGAAAUUUGUAAAGAAAAAUGAAAAAAGAUAUAAAGUAAAUACUAAAACUUCCAUUGCAUCUAAUAUUGCCAAAAAAGAAUGUUUUUUUUAACUUUAUGUUCGAUAACACUUAUAUCAUCAGCAAUAUAAGAUGUAAUGAAAAUGCGGUAAAUUAAUAGCUUAUCACAAAGACAAUAUUUGAAAAUCGGCCGUGACUUUAUUUUUGUCUUUCUGUUUUUCAUUUUAGAUAUAUAAAGUAGUAAUUUAUUUUGAAUUGGUCGUUUUCAAAUAUCUGUGAUUUACUCAAUUGAGAUACUAUCUUACUAUAUAA